AUGGGAUCAGUAUUUCUACCGAAUUUAAAAACAGGAUGGCAUGUAGAUCAAGCAAUAUUAUCAGAAGAUGAUAGAGUAGUCGUUAUAAGAUUUGGAAGAGAAGAAGAAAAUGAAUGUAUGAUAAUAGAUGAAAUUUUAUUUAAAAUUUCUGAAAAAAUUAAAAAUUUUGCAGUUUCAUAUUUAGUUAACUUGGAUAAAGUACCAGAUUUUAAUAUAAUGUAUGAAUUAGAUCAAAAUAAAUUAGAACCUUAUACUAUAAUGUUUUUUUAUAGAAAUAAACAUAUUUUAGUUGAUUUUGGUACAGGAAAUAAUAAUAAAUUAAAUUUUCCUAUAUAUGAUAAACAAGAAUUAAUUGAUAUUAUUGAAACUGUUUAUAGAGGUGCAAGAAAGGGGAAAGGAUUAGUUAUUAGUCCUAAAGAUUAUAGUAGAGUCGCAAAAAAUAUAUGA